AGCAGCGUCUGCGGCCUUGAGAAGAGGUUGAUCUUGCGGACAGGGACACAAGCUAGAUCGGGGGUUCAGGGCCCUGUAUGUAGUGUAAACCAUAUCUGUAAACAGUGAUUGCUCUGUCCGUAACUGCCUGACUCUGUCCUUCCUUCUUCCCCGUUGCACAUUAUCCUGCUGCUGUUCUUUUCUCUGCCGAGUCCUUCUGCGCCUUUCCCCUCUUGCUCGCAGUCAUGUCUCUCCGCACUCUGCCUCUGCUCUUUAUUAACCUCGGAGGAGAAAUGCUUUAUAUUCUGGACCAGCGGCUGCGAGCCCAGAACAUACCCCCGGAUAAAGCAAAGAAAGAUGAUUGGACAGAUCAGGACAGAAAACGAGUUAUGAAUGACAUCAUAACCACCAUGUUCAACAAGAAGUUCAUGGAGGAGUUAUUUAAACCUCAGGAACUGUAUUCCAAGAAAGCACUCAGAACCGUGUUUGACCGGCUGGCUCAUGCUUCCAUCAUGAGGUUAAACCAGGCGAGCAUGGAUAAGCUGUAUGACUUAAUGACCAUGGCCUUCAAGUACCAGGUUCUGCUUUGCCCUCGUCCAAAAGACAUCUUACUUGUCACUUUCAACCACAUGGAUGCCAUUAAAGAUUUCAUCCGAGACUCUCCUAGCAUCUUGAAUCAAGUGGACGAGACUUUCCGUCAGCUUAUUGAGAUGUAUAACUGUCUACCAGCUGGAGAAUUUCAGCUUAUUAGGCAAACCUUACUUAUCUUCUUCCAAGACAUGCACAUUAGGGUUUCAAUCUUCUUAAAGGACAAAGUUCAGAACUCAAAUGGUCGCUUUGUUCUCCCCACAACUGGCCCUGUGCCGUGGGGAACAGAGGUUCCUGGCGUUAUUAGGAUGUUUAAUCAUAAAGGAGAAGAAAUAAAAAGAAUAGAAUUCCAGAAUGGUGGUAACUACAUCAGCCCUCUUCGGUCGGGAUGCUAUGAGCUUUAUGGAGACAGAGUGCUCAAGCUAGGAACUAAUAUGUACAGCGUAAGUCGCUCUGUGGAGACUCAUAUGUCUGGGACAUUAAAGAGUUCAGCAUCACACACCAAGGAGAAUGUUGUGCCAAAUCCAUUGGCCAAGGAGGAAUUAAACCUUUUAGCUCAGUUAAUUGGUGGAAUGGAGUUAAAGAAACCAUCUAGCAGUGAUCAUGCCUUUAGACUGAACUUGUUCACUAAUGACGAAGAAGAAGAAUACGCAGCUCUCACAAGGCCAGAAGAGUUAUCCUAUAAUGUCAUAAGCAUUGAGGCUAAUAAAGAUCAUGAGAGAAAUAAGGAACUUUCUCGGAUUAUGGGAGAGUUUAGAUCCGAGGAAACAAGCAUUCAAAGCACCAGCAAAGGAGAAGAUCUAUUAGCCCUGAUGGAUGGGCUCUAAAGAAGCAGUUGCAGCUACCAAAGAUCUUCUAACACAGAAACACACUUCAGCUUCUGUAGGAUAAAAUUAUUAACUGUCUCUUAAGAGGAAGCUUGAGGCAGCAGUGCUGACAUCUUUCAAAUGGACAUUUCGCAAAAAUGGAGAGAGUAAUUUAUAUUGCUUUUUUGGCAGACAAAAGAUGAUUAACAGUUCUUCAAGACUGAAGCUUUUUAUUCUUCAUUGUUCAAAUUGUGAAUGUGUGUAAAUAUCAAAUUUUUCUGUAGGCGCACAAAUUCUCACAUUUUAACUGUAAGGGUAUAUACAGACCAGAGCAAUCGUACUGCUCCUUUAAAUAGAAUAGUUUGUUUAUCAAAGAAUAAUUAUUUUAUCCUUGCAUGCUUGUAUGGAUGUGUGCAUGAGUGUGUGACUACAGUAGCAAAAUGAAGACAUUAAGGGGAUAAUAUUUAAUCUUGUUAAUAUUUUUACAUGAAAAAGUCAUGUUAAAGCUGCUUCUAUUUUGAAACUUGACUGCAAGAAGGCUGCAAUGGCAUGGCAGACAAGGGGUUAAAAAGGAUUAUGGAAUAUUGGUAUCCCAAGAUUCAAAGCUGUAAAUCGGCUUGAUAUGGCAACCAACAAUAUAGUAAAGAGAAGAGUCGUUUUCACAAAUAAAUUUAAAAUGUCUAAUAAAUAAAAACAAUUCUAUAUAUUUUUAAAAUGUAAUAUUUAGAUUUUCAAAGUUAAUACCUCAUACACUAUUGUGACCUUUGCUAUUUAUCUGCUGUUACAGUUUCUUUUUAUUUAUUAACCCUUCUUCUACCUGAGGGUGUCCAUUGGCACUAAAGAUCAGCAGAAUUUGUGACUGUAAAUGUGACAUAUUUAUUUAUCUUUCUCUUAAAGGUUAUUUGUAGUUAAACUGUCCAAGGUUUUGAUUACUGCUGAAUUGCAUGGGCCAUUGUAUUUUUGUGAGUAAAUAUGUUUCUAUAAAUAAAUAUUGUGUAUUUCCCAUGUA